AUGAAGAAGAAGUUGCUCGGAAUCUUAUGUGUUUUCAGCCUUCAAUGUCAUUCUUUCUUUUUAACUUACUGGAAACCAACCCGAAAAACAAAACAAGAAAAUAAUGCAAAAAUUGCAUCUGUUCCAGAAUUGUACCUGAGAGACGGCUCUUUCAAGGCAAAUGCAUCUUCGAAGAUUAAUGAUUGA